AUGUUGAGAUAUCUUUGUUUUCUUGGUGUGGUGCUCGCGGCGAGGUCUGGUUCCGCACCCUUCAUAAAACCAUGCAAGAGUGAUGACAGUGCGUGUGUCUUGGCGUCCGCUCAGGCAGCGGUUCCGUACUUGGCUGUGGGUAUACCGGAACUUGGAGUCAAGUCGCUGGAUCCCAUGUUCCUGAAAGAGGUGAAAGGGGACCAGGGAGGACUAUCUCUCACGUUUAAGGAUACUACCGUGACCGGCAUGAAGGGAUGCAAAGUUGAUGCUAUUAAACACUCCUUGAAGAAAGGCAAACAAACAAUGAUAAUCAGAUGCGAUGUGGAGUUGAAUGGUGAUUAUGACCUCUCUGGACAAUUGUUAGUUUUCCCCAUCACGGGCAACGGGAAGUACAAGAUCAACAUCCGAGACAUAGUGAUCAAGGCGACGACUACCAUUGCGAUGGUAGAUGGCGCUGAGGGCAAGAAACAUUGGCACGUGGCAGACUGGCACUUCGCUAGCGAUGUCAAAACCCAUGUACAGUUUCAAUUUGACAACUUGUUCAACGGAAACAAAAUUUUAUCUAAGCCAGUUGAAGAUUUCGUUAAUUCAAGCUGGAGAGAGGUUAUGCGUGAAAUAUCACCGCCGAUCGUCCACGCUAUCGUCGCUCGUGUGGUGGAAUCCGUUGAAGCUUUGUAUUUAGCUGUUCCUGCUGAUCAACUUGAAAUUAACUAA